UCUCACCUUAGGAGUACUUGUACAUCGUUGACACUACGGGAUCUUGCUAUCAUUGAAAAAAGCCAUGGCAACAUCUAUGCUUGGGGAGCACCCACAUUUUGGCGGCACUCCUCUCGCUAUGCUAGCGGCACAGUGCAGUAAGAUAACGAACAAGAGCCCGCCACCACUGGCUGAUGCAACGGUCGGGAAAGGAUUCCAUCCGUGGAAGAAGCCUGAUCCAUCUCCGCCAGCGCCAGGACUGACGUUAGCGUCACAACGGGUACCGACGUUAAACGCAAAUAUGAAUUUUACGACAGGAUCUAUGACUUAUCCCCGCACAACAGCAGUGACGUCAUCGUGCGCAAGUUCUUACGGUUCGGACAUUUUCUAUCCAUCCACAUCGAGCACAGGUCAAGUGGAGACAAGUCAGUCACUAUUACAGAAAGUUCAUGGUGAACCUGGAAUCAGUAAUCCGGCGUACUCUAGCGUCUAUUCCAGAGUACCAGGGACUAAUCCAUUUGAAUCCUGGCCAUACGCUUCGGCCACUGGAUCACAUCCACCCAGUAUUAAGCCAGAAGUUAGCGUAAAUACACCGUCAACUUGGUGGGACAUUCACGCAGCGCCAAAUAACUGGCUCUCAGAGGUUCAAAACUCGGCGGCGGCUGCAAAUGGUCUCCACCCUCAGAUCUCAUCUAACUACCCAAGCACGGACUCUUUGGGGCACCCUUUGGGCCAUGCCCUUAGCUCAAAUCCUAGCCCAUUCUCAAUAUCUUCGGCAGGUGGGCAACUGCUACAGGACACUUAUAAAUCUAUAUUGCCAACUCAAAACGACCCACUUGGUGCUGGCUCCGUCACUUCGCCAUUCUUACCCCGGGGAGGCCUCCCUGGUUUACCAAGCCCCCGAUCCUCACGACGCUACACGGGACGGGCGACAUGUGACUGCCCGAACUGUGUGGAAGCAGACCGACUAGGGCCUGCUGGUGCUCAUUUACGUAAACGCAACGUUCACAGUUGCCACAUACCAGGGUGUGGGAAGGUUUACAACAAAUCGUCACAUCUAAAAGCUCAUCUGCGUUGGCAUACCGGUGAAAGACCGUUUGUAUGUAAUUGGUUGUUCUGCGGAAAACGAUUUACUCGCUCGGAUGAACUGCAACGUCACUUACGGACUCAUACGGGUGAGAAGCGUUUCGCUUGUCCCGUUUGUAACAAACGCUUCAUGCGUAGCGACCACCUCGCCAAGCACGUGAAAACACACAGCGACCAAAAAGAGGGUAAGGAAAGUGACUCUGAAAAUAGUAACAAUAAUAGUAUCAAUAGUGUCAAUCAAGACAUUGCUUCACCAACGACACCCUUGUCUCAUCUAAAAGCGGACAAUCAGAACCAACAUAACCCACAAGUAAAAUAAACAAGUGACGUCAUUCAGAGACACAGAAACCACAAACCAUAGUUUAUACAUGGCACCCCUCAUUUAUUACGACAAGAGCAUAAUUUCAAAACGUUAAUAACUGUCAGUUCAGUAUUUCGUCAUAAUGGGCAGCUGUUAUCUUUAAAUCGAAAUUUACGAUAUGGUAUCCCCAAUAUAUUGUCUCAUAUAAAGUCCCAACGUUUGCACAUCAGAUAUCAAAAUAUAUUAUCAGUAUUCUUAAAUAUUGUACAUGUAAUUAUAUACUCAGUGAAGUCUCUCUCAAUCUGUUUUGUAUUUUGCCAACUUUGUAAAUAUUGUAACUUUUGUAAGAUUUGUAAAUAAUAUUGGUGCUGUUAUUUUUGUAUUUGCAUAUAUUAUUGUUAACCUGCAGUCUCUUUUUUACUAAUGUCGAUUAUUUAAAAACAAUAUAAUUCAAGAACGUUGUGUUCAGGUUUAUUUUCUGUAUUUCAGAAUAUUUGUUUACAAAAAUGUUCGCCACUCAAUAACGGAUAACAUAACAUGUAUCAAACUUUAAUUGGUCCUUGCGUUUUUUUGUUCAUAAAAUGUACAUUCAUUUUAGAGAAGUGUUCAAAGUGAGAGGGUUUACUGCAUUUUAGCUUAUGAGAAUGCUUUUCUGCGGGAAUAACAUGUUUCAUAAGUUAUGUUUGUAGACAGAUAUGAAGACUGUUAUUUGACAUAUUAAUUGUCACUUAUUCGCCCAUCUAUGGCUAUUUAAACACAAUAUUAAGUUUUUUUUUUCAUUAAAUAUUGGUUGAUAGUUAGCUAAAUACAAACAAACAUGUUUCAAGUUUCUUAUAAAUAGUCCCAAAAUAUUUAUUUGCACAAAUUGAAGUUUUGAGUAUUUUUCACGCAAAAUGCUUGCGUGUUAUUGUUUGACUGAUUUAUAUUUUUGUUUGUAUAUCUAUGUUCAUGUAUGAGCAAAAGGUUUUGUAAAAUAAUCGUAAAGAACAUAAUUUAUUAACGGAUAGUUACGUCUACCACUGCAUGUUCGGUCGGGGUGUGAGCUAGAUUUAGCAGGGAACACGUUCUCUCCGUGCUCACCUACAGAUGUCGUUAUCUGACUACGAUGACAUAGUGUCUCUACUUUCUGUACAACUAAGUUAUCAUGUUUUGAAAAUAAAAUAAUGUAAUCAUA